CGACCCCGUCAGCGUGACACGUAAUGCGGAGUGGCUGUGCAGCCGGGAGCUGACAGGGAGGAUGCUGCAGGACCCCAGACCGCCAGCUGAAGGAGAGAGGGAGGCUCUCCUCCGUUCCCGGCAGAUCAUUUCCCUGUGUGUCACCGCCAGAGGCACGAGUAUAGCUGUUCUCUGUUUCUUUGGGACAAAAGAAGAGUUUCACUGUUAUGAGCCCAGUGACAAAGUGUCAGUGUAGUGGCACUGCGAGGCUCGGGAACCGACACUGCCCCGGGGGAUCCUGGCUGAGGAAGAGAGCCCCGUCUCCCUGUUGGGAUUCAGCUGGGCAGAGAGAUCCUUUGAUGGAUUACAACCUCGGCAAACUCCAACGUGAGAAGAAGAAUGACAGCUAAGACACUUAAACCAGACUUUUCACCAUCCUGGAAAGGAACUGGCUUCCAGGAUUUGGAGUUUUUUUAAUGCUCUACCUCCCUCUGCUGUUACCAGCGAGAAGUUCCUCGACAAUGGGAAAUCAUGUACUCGCGGCUUCGAUUUCCAUGCUCUCGCUCCUGGCGAUGAUGGGAGACACGGACAGUAAAACAGACAGCUCCUUCAUGAUCGACUCCGACCCCAGCCGCUGUAUGAGGCACCACUACGUCGACUCCAUCACCCACCCCCUCUACAAGUGUAGCUCCAAGAUGGUGCUGCUGGCUCGCUGCGAGGGGCGCUGCAGCCAGACAUCGCGCUCGGAGCCGCUGGUCUCUUUUAGCGCGGUGCUGAAGCAGCCCUUCCGCUCCACCUGCCACUGCUGCCGCCCCCAGACCUCCAAGCUGAAGGCCAUGAGGCUGCGGUGCUCGGGGGGCAUGCGGCUCACGGCCACCUACCGCUACAUCCUCUCCUGCCACUGCGAGGAGUGCAACUCCUAGGGGCGGGCUGCCACAGCAGGGAGGGGACUGGCGUGCUGCCGAUGGGAAAGGCUCCCAAGAAACAAUCCAGAGUCAAGCCGAUGCUCCCAGCACACGAUUGCAGCAAGGACAGGACUAACCAGGCUGGAACGAAUCUGAGAGCUGAAGUGUAAAAUACCCUGGGUGCUGGAUGGUGGAUGCUGGUACCACGGUGUACAAAGGAGAAAGGGCGAGGACUUGUUUUUGAGAAGCCUUUCUUUUUUUCUGAAAGGAUAUUUUUGACAAUUUCUUCUUUUUCAGGCUCAGAUCUGACUACAGAGCUUUUACUGCUGGCCAUGGGCAGCAGGGGAACAGAGAGGGAGGUCAGCUGGAUGACAGCACUGAGCUCUGGAAGCCGAUACGUUCAGACAGAGGAUGGGCAUCAGUUCCCACAUGCAACCUCUUAACCUAUCAAUUUAUUCUCAGUUUCCUACUUAUACUGGCCUUCAAAACAAACUGUGCUGUUGGCAAGGGUCAUGUGUUACUGAUCUAGCAGCCAAGUGCUGGAUGACUUUAACUGUGGUUUAGCAGAAAUUAUAAAUAAACCAUUGAAAAGUGAACUGGAUUUGAAAUGCCAUGCUGGGAAUAUCCAGCCCUAGCCAGCUGAAAUGAUUAUUUGCACCAUAUGUCACCAGAGUUCAGUGUUUGAGUGACUCUUGAGAAGUGAAAGGUCAUGAGAUUCACUAUUACCCUCUAAAAGCCUAGAAAGGUGACACAUCACAUCUGUCACAAAGGCCAUUAUUCAACCUCUAAAAACUAAUCAAAUAUUAAAAUACCACAUACUAAAUGGAAACAUUUAUUAACUUAACUUAGACAUAUUUAUGUACAGAACCAGAGCCACCAAAAUGAUAACUAAACCUAGG